CGCAUUCCAGAGCCACCCGAGCAGAGCGUGCCUCGUGCCCAGCCGCGCGUCCCGGCCACUGCUGCGCGCUCCCGCCUGCCCGGGGCUUGGAGCUACGGGGCACAUUCGGGGCCGAGAUCCCAGGGCUAGGGGUCGCAUCCCGCUGCUGGGGCCCGUACCGUCCGAGGAGACCUGGAGGCGCGUUCUGGCUGCCUCUACCCCAGGAACUUUUCUCAGACCUGGCACGAUUCAGCAGCGGCGGGGGCCGUGGGUUUUCAAAGGAGCUGUGCGGAUCCAGGAGUGAAGCAGCAUGGAUGCCGUCAGCCAGGUCCCCAUGGAAGUCGUGCUCCCCAAGCACAUCCUGGACAUCUGGGUCAUUGUCCUCAUCAUCCUGGCCACCAUUGUCAUCAUGACUUCCUUGUUGCUGUGCCCGGCCACUGCGGUCAUCAUCUAUCGCAUGCGGACUCAUCCUGUCCUCAAUGGGGCCGUCUGAGAACCUCCCAAGAGGGGCAGGUGAGGGAUGAGGACAGCGUCCCUGCCCCCAGCUUCUUCCCCUUUCUCAGAAGAGCCACAGGAGGGACUUUGGAGCAUGGACACUGGAGCUCGAUAUGUGAGGAGACCUGAGUUCUGGUUUUGAUUCUGCCACUGGCCAGUGGUGUGAGUUUGGUCAAGGGACCUAAUUCUAUCAGUUCCAGGUUCCUUAUUUUCCAAAUGGGGAUCGUGAUUCCUGCCCGUCCUACCUCAUGGGGUUGUAAGAACCAAUGACCUAGUGGAGGUUAAAGCUGUUGGUGAGUAGAUACACAGGUGUUACUGCUGAAUGCUGAGAAGCUUUGAAGAACCAAAGACCCUAGCUGCUGAUGAGGGUCUUCAAGGUAGUGAGGGAGACACUGGGGCAGAGCAGUCUUUCCCAGUGCCCCUAAGGUGAAGGCAAGCAAAGGCACCCUGUCAUCAUUCCAAGGGACCAACAGCAUGUGGCUCAACAUUAUUUUCUUUGAGGUGCCACUCCCUGAGUUGUCUAAUUUGGGAGGGAAUUGAGCAUGGCAGGGGGAGGGAGAUGGGUGGAUCUACCCAGGACACUGGAAUCUGCAGUUUGGAGGGGCUCUGACAUUUCUUGGCAACGCCAAGGGAGCUGGGGCGAUGGGCUUCUUUCUGCAUUAGCGUCCUAUAGCUUUGACGCUCAAGCAGUGUUGGCAGAAGCAGGGUGGCUGAGUUCCCUGGCCAGCUUUCAGGAUACCCAGCACCAGCCCCAUCCUCUGUGUGCCCCUCCGCCCCAGCCCCUGCUGUAAUUAGGUCCACCGCAUAAUGUGUACUCCCCUCAUACCCUCCCACCAGCACUGCAACCAUUCCAAGGUACGAGAUGUUCCCAGCACCUUUAGAACUAACUCAAACAAUGAUGUUUAUUUUAAAUGCUACAAUUUAUAUUUAUAUGUAUAGAGAGAUUUCUGGACCACUCAAGCUGAAAUCAGGAGCAUCUGGGGAUUUGUUAAAUUAUGUAAGAAGAUAGCACAGAUUAUCGGGAUAUUGUUGUGUGAAAAUGAUGCUUUUACGUUGAUCUGAUUUCAUUGAUGUACAUAACUAAUUUCCAAUAAAGUGCUAGAAUGAG